CUGGUAUUGAGAAACUGUCUCUAGCGGAACACAGCGACGAGGUGUCGACCUACGGCUCCACACUGACCUACACCAGCUCGGGAUCCAGGUCCAGGUCAUGGCGGCAGCAGCAGCGGUGGACGAGACACUCGCGCACCCGCAGGACCGACGCCAGAAGACGCAAGCAGCGGCUCCGUGGUUUCCUCGGAUGGUUUCCACGAUGUCUCCAGCCGUGUCUCAGCAGCUAGACGAGCUGUUCCCUGUCCAAGGUUUCCCGGUUGCAAGGUGAUGUGCUCUCAACGCAUCCCGAGGGGCCGGAGGUUCUUCCUGAUUCUGGUGAUGUUGGUGAUAGAGAGGUACGUCCUCUAUGGAGCCAUAGACGAGGUCCUAGACCUCAUCCCCGAGCUGGACAAGGAUGCCGACAUGACUGGCCUAGGAACGUUUCUCCGCGUGUUUCUCUUCUACUGCGUCAGUCGCAUCUUCUAUCCAGUCGGAGGGUUCAUUGCGGACGUGUACAUGGGCCGGUGUCGGGUCAUCCAUAUGAGCCUGUGGUUCUACUGGAUCGCAUUUGCCCUCCUUACCGUUGCACAUAUUCUGCAAGGAUUGCACAAUGAACUACACAAUGCCUCUGUCCUAUAUACACACAUCUUACCAAUCGCUGCGUAUGUCUUCAUGAUACUAGCGGCUGGUGGGUUUGAACCCACACUCAUUCCGUUCGGAGCUGAUCAACUGGAAGCUGCUGGCUCCAACGAACUCAGCUCCUACUUCUACUGGUACUACUUUGCUAUUCAACUUGGACCUCUCCUAAAUAUAUUUGUCAACUCUGGUCUUUCGGUGUUGCUCCCAGCACAGACAGCAGAUACGAUGCAAGUCCUGGCUACCAUCAUUGUCACGACCUGUGGCCUAGUGCUGCAUAAGACUCUAGAGCACUGGUACUUCAAGAAUAUCCUACGAGAGAACUGCAUCAAGCUGGUGGCAAAGGUGCUGUGGUAUGCGGCCAGAGUCAAGAGAAGAAUGCCGCAGUACCGGAGAGCUUUUCGCUACGGAGAGGGAAAAAUCAAGCGGAUUGAUUUAGCCAAGAGAAGAUACGACGGGAUUUUCACAGGAAAUCAAGUGGAGGACGUCAAGACCUUUUGUCGCCUGUGUUUGAUUAUUUUCUGCCUCUGUGGCUACUUCUUUUCUCAGUCGGGGGUAGUUGUGAUGAUGUCAUUCCGAGUCAAUGCCACAAUCUUCACGGCGACAGCUAACAGCUCGAAUGUUGCAUUUCUUCAAAGCCUCUCUCCAAACAUGUUCAUAAUAGUGAACAGUAUUACCGGACUGCUGUUUGUUCCUCUUGUGAACCACAUCUUCAUUCCUUGUCUUCCCUGCGUCUCCAUCAAAGCAAGAAUGGCUAUUGGGAUGAUUGUCAAUGCCGUUGCUAUACUUUCUGCAGGCUCCAUCGAGUUCAGUCUCCACAGUGGCACCAUGUCAGAGCCCGUUCAUACACUGCUGCUGUUCAUAAUACCAACUGUGCUCAUCACACUCCCUGAAACACUUACAUACACAUCAGCCCUGGAGUUUAUUUACGCCCAAUCUCCAGAGAGCAUGAAAGGGAUGCUGACAGGCCUCUUCUACUUCACACUUGGCAUCUUCAGUGGUGGAUCUACAGUUCUCUUCUACCUCUACCUCAGACCCAGUAGCAACACCUGGAACUAUGCCAACUACUACUGGAUCCUGCUGGCGUUUUCUGUCAUGGGACUAGUUGCCUACGUCAUUGCUGCCACUUUCUAUGUAAAUCGGAGGAGACCAUCAACAGAGUCGGAGGAAGUAGAGGAAAGGAGACUUUUCUAUAACAACAUCUCGAUGCCUUAGCUCCCAUUGUGUGUGUGGUGUGCCAAUAAUUCAGUGUGUGUAACUCCAUAGCCCAUUCUCAUUAAUCAAGUGUGGAAUAUCAUUAUAUAUACACCAUUAACUUCAAAGACUGUUAUAUUAUAGUGCCAAUUUAAUUCUCCAAUCUCCCAUGAU